UAACGUAACUCCUUUCCUCCUCCUCCUGUGCUCAGCCCCUCGCCGCCGCUCGGCUGCCCAGGCGCCCCCCGCAGAGGCUCUGCCGCUGGCAGUCGCGGGGCGGCCGCCCCGGAGCAGCGCGCCCGGCGGCGGGGAGCCCGCGGAGCCGCGCCCCGCGGAGCCGCCCCGGAGGUAUGGUUUUCCCGGCGGAGCAGAGCUGCGCCCGCUGCCACCUUCGCGGGUGUUGAGACGGGAUUUGUGCGGUGCGGUUCCUGGGCUCCUAGCUUCAUGACUGCGCGGAGCGGGGAACCAACACCAUGCGAGCACAAAUUGAAGUGAUACCAUGCAAAAUUUGUGGUGAUAAAUCCUCUGGAAUACACUAUGGAGUCAUCACAUGUGAAGGCUGCAAGGGAUUCUUUCGGAGGAGUCAGCAGAACAAUGCAUCCUAUUCCUGUCCAAGACAGAGAAACUGUUUAAUUGACAGAACCAACAGAAAUCGUUGCCAACACUGCCGACUGCAGAAAUGUCUUGCCCUGGGAAUGUCUCGAGAUGCUGUGAAAUUUGGAAGAAUGUCCAAAAAGCAGAGGGAUAGUUUGUAUGCUGAAGUGCAGAAGCACCAGCAGCGACUGCAGGAGCAGCGGCAGCAGCAGAGUGGUGAGGCAGAAGCUCUCGCCAGGGUUUACAGCAGCAGCAUCAGCAAUGGCUUGAACAAUCUGAAUAACGAAACUGGCAGCACCUACUCCAACGGGCACGUCAUCGACCUGCCGAAGUCUGAGGGCUAUUACAACGUGGAUUCUGCCCAGCCCUCCCCAGACCAGUCUGGGUUAGACAUGACUGGAAUCAAACAGAUAAAGCAGGAACCUAUCUAUGACCUCACCUCUGUACCAAACUUGUUUACCUAUAGCUCUUUCAACAGCGGGCAAUUAGCUCCAGGGAUAUCCAUGAGCGAAAUCGAUCGAAUUGCACAGAAUAUCAUUAAAUCUCAUUUGGAGACAUGUCAAUAUACAAUGGAGGAAUUACAUCAGCUAGCGUGGCAGACCCACACAUAUGAAGAAAUAAAAGUUUACCAGAGCAAGACAAGAGAAGCUCUGUGGCAGCAGUGUGCCAUUCAGAUCACCCAUGCUAUCCAGUAUGUGGUGGAGUUUGCAAAGCGCAUAACAGGCUUCAUGGAGCUCUGCCAGAAUGACCAAAUUCUCCUUCUUAAGUCAGGCUGCUUGGAAGUGGUUUUGGUGAGAAUGUGCCGUGCCUUCAACCCACUUAACAAUACUGUUCUGUUUGAAGGAAAGUAUGGAGGGAUGCAAAUGUUUAAAGCUUUGGGUUCUGACGAUCUGGUAAAUGAAGCAUUUGACUUCGCAAAGAAUUUAUGUUCCUUACAGCUGACUGAGGAGGAGAUUGCCUUGUUUUCGUCUGCUGUUCUGAUAUCACCAGAUCGAGCCUGGUUAAUAGAGCCAAGGAAGGUCCAGAAGCUUCAGGAAAAGAUUUACUUUGCACUUCAACAUGUUAUUCAGAAGAACCACCUCGACGAGGAGACAUUGACAAAGUUAAUAGCCAAGAUACCAACGAUUACUGCACUUUGCAACUUGCACGGAGAGAAACUGCAGGUAUUUAAGCAAUCUCAUCCAGACAUAGUGAACACACUGUUUCCUCCAUUAUACAAGGAGCUUUUCAAUCCAGACUCAACCACUGGCUGCAAGUGAAGGGGAUAAUAGAAUUUUCACGUAGUCAUGGAAUGCAUCACUAGUAAGACAAAGAGAAAUGUUUUCAUGAAGAAAUUAUUAAAAAUGUCACUACUGCAACACUAGGAAUGUCCUGCACUUAAUAGAAUUAUUUUUCACCGCUACAGUUUGAAGAAUGUAAAUAUGCAACUCUGAGUGGGGAUGUCUUUUUUCUCUUUUGUUUACUUUUCUUUUUUCUUUUUUUUUUUAAUUUUUGAACUGACAAUGAAUAUACAAAUAUAGGACACUGGGUGUUACCUUUCUUUUUUAAUUUACUUUUAUUGGGGGAUGUUUUGGGAGACAACUGUU